GCGCCGGGUCUCGGCAGCUCCCCCGCCUUUGCCUGCUGCUGCCUUCCCCUGCCGGCGGGCGGGCGGGGGGAGAGAGAAGCCCGGCCCCAGCCCCAGCCAUCUGCAGGCCCGGGGGCGGCAUUUCUCCUUCCACCGAGUCCCGGCCCCAGAGGUGCUGAGAAGAUGGCCUCCCCAGGUGCACCGGGGACCCGCAUGACAUCCGCAGUCAGUAUCAACAUUUCUACUCCUUCCUUCUACAACCCACAGAAGAAGUUUGCACCUGUGGUUGCCCCUAAGCCCAAGGUGAACCCCUUCAAGGCUGGGGGUGCAUCAGAGUCGUCACUGCCCCCACCUCCUGGAGCUGGCGCCCAGCGUGCUCAGAUGGGGAAGGUGGGAGAGAUUCCAUCAGCGUGCACAUCCUCUCUGGCAGAAGAACUGCCACUGCCACCUCCUCCCCCACCUGGAGAAGAGGCAAGUUUCUCCUCAAAUUGUGCUUUCCCCCCUCCACCGCCACCCUUUGAAGAGCCUUUUCCACCAGCCCCAGAAGAAGCUUUUCCUUCUCCUCCUUCUCCUCCUCCACCUAUGUUUGUUGAAGAGCCUGUGAGCAAAGUACCUGCCCCACAGGUACGUGGCAAGAUGAGCAGCAUUGAUCUUGAGAUUGACACACUGUCCGUAAUGUUGGAUGACAUGGAGAAGAAUGACCCCUUCAAAUCCCGGGGAUCUUCAGGAACCACAGGUUCUCUGGAGAAACCAUUGGCCCCAAAAGCCCCUGCGGAGAUAUCAUCUGCACCCAGAGAUACUUUUCAUUCCUUUCCUUCCAAGUUCACUCCAAAGCCAAGUGGAAGCUUACCUUUCAAGUCCCCUGGGGUGGAUUUGACCCCUUCCCCAACCCCAUGGGCAGCCCCACAGCAACACAAGGAGCCUCUAGCACCAGUCCCUCCACCUCCAUCUCUUCCUCCUGCUCAGCCUACCCCUAAAUUCACCCCACCUGCUGUUUCUGGCUCUCCUAAGUCUGGGUCCAAAUCAGGUGCCAAUGUUCCUGGGCCUUACCCAAACUCUGCAAGGUCUACCUCCCUUCAGGCUCAGUUCACAGCCCCUUCACCUUCAGGUCCCUCCUCUCAACCACAGCCUCCCAAUUUCACCUAUGCCCAGCAGAGGGAAAGACCCCAAAUUCAGGAGAAGCUGCGUCCCACAGAACAACCUGCAGCUGCAAAAGAUACGCAUAGACCUGCAGGCUCCAGUGGAGGUCCACCUAGGGGCAACUCCUGCCUGACCAUGAAGGAGGUAGAAGAGCUAGAGAUGUUGACCCAGAAAUUAAUGAAGGAUAUGGAGCAUCCGCCCCCAGCAGAGGCUGCUACUUCUGAGCUCUGUGGCUUCUGCCGUAAGCCCCUGUCACGGACCCAGCCAGCUGUGAGAGCACUGGACUGCCUCUUCCAUGUGGAAUGCUUCACCUGCUUCAAAUGCGAGAAGCAGCUGCAGGGGCAGCAGUUCUACAACGUGGAUGAGAAGCCCUUCUGUGAGGACUGCUAUGCUGGGACCUUGGAAAAGUGCAGUGUCUGCAAACAGACCAUCACAGACCGGAUGCUGAAGGCCACUGGUAACUCCUACCAUCCCCAGUGUUUCACCUGUGUGAUGUGCCAUACCCCUCUGGAAGGAACCUCUUUUAUUGUGGACCAGGCCAACCAGCCUCACUGUGUGGAUGACUACCACAGGAAGUAUGCUCCACGCUGCUCAGUCUGUAGUGAGCCCAUCAUGCCAGAGCCUGGAAAGGAUGAGACAGUGCGUGUGGUGGCACUGGAGAAAAAUUUCCACAUGAAAUGUUACAAGUGUGAGGACUGUGGGAAGCCCUUGUCCAUUGAAGCAAAUGAGAACGGGUGCUUCCCGCUGGAUGGGCAUGUGCUGUGUAUCAAAUGUCACACUGUUCGUGCCAAAGCAGCACGCUGAGGAGCUUGGAGACCCCUGCACUCAAUACUUCUCCCCUCCCCUGCAUUGUCCUGACCUUCUGCCUGACCAGGCAGGUUGCUCCCAAUGGAUACUAUGCCAGUGCAGUUCUUUACUCAUGUAGGAUUCACAGUUCCUAGACUUCGCUCUGCACACCCACCAAGAACAAGCCUUCUCCUGUCACUGCUUCCUGGCCACAAUUUUUUUUCCAGGCUGGGGGCUAUGAUCAAUGGGAGUGCAAUCAACGAGAGUGCACCACCUUGGUUCCCUCGAGAUUCUGGAGGAGAAGGACCAGAUCUCCCACCACUGCCUGGUGGAAGUAAAAAGAGCAACCUGGUGGCACAUGCUGGGAAGGUCUGAGCAUUCUUCUGUUCCAUGGAGCCAAGAAUGAUGAUUUGACCUUAGAAGGUGGAAGCCUCCAUGUGGGUACCACUUCUGUCUUCAGUUUCAUAUUUUUUUUAUUGUGUCACCUCAUUAUCAGGAUGUCUUCCUCUUCCCUCUCCCUCUUGGGUUAGAGUGUGGAGGCAGAACGUACUGGGAAUCUCUGUUACCAUUGCAGGAAAAAAGCUAACCUACUGUAGCUUUUCUGGCUGUAAUGGAUUUUACUGACUAUUGUCAUUUUUUUUUCCUUAGCCAGAUCAAUCUGGCAAUCUUUGGAAGCCUACUGUCUUCUUGAGUUUGGAACCUUUUUUUUAAAUCUUUUUUUCCUCCCUGCAAUGAAUUAUUUCCCAGUGUGGCUUCUGGGCAGCCAGGCUGGGCACCAGAGUAGCAAAGCAGUCCAAAGAACACAUGUUUACAAUUUAAGACUGUCAGCAGGAUGGGCAGCACGUGGUGACGAUGUUCCAGUGUAUAGAUGAGGAUCCAGCAGUCUGAGGAACAUCUCCCUCUUCCAGUAGGGAUUCUUUCACUGCUGUCAGUGAAGGAUACAGUGUACUUGCAAUGUACUGUCUGGCUUCAAGUGUAACUGCACUGAGCCCCAUUUCCUGAGCUAGAAACUCUCAAACUGAACAAACCUUCGAAUAACUACACUGUCCAACCACUGUUUGCAUUCAAUAAAAUGUGGGGUUUUUCCAUUAA